GUGAUUUUUUAAGCAUAUAGUAAUUUUAUUUUAUUUUCUUAUGAAAAUGACUGUGUGUAAAAUAUUUUAUUUAUUCGUACUUUGGUUAAAUUUUUCCACAGCAUUACAAUACAAGGAAUUAAAUUGUAAUUUUUCAAAGUACAUUUUAAAUUAUUUUAAACACAACGAAAAGUACUUGCUAAAAUUAAAAGAAGACAAAACAAUUAUUUCAUAUCGUGAUUUAAAAACGUAUGGACGAGCUAUACAAUCUCACGGUGAAAUUGUUAUUGCAAUGUUAGAAGCUCUAAGAUCAAUAGAAUGGGGAAAUUAUCCAGAAAUUUUAAUGGAUAUAAAUUUAUACUUGAAUAAUGUUUCAGGAUCUGUAGAGUUGAAUUUUAAAAAUAAAAAUGGUACGUUUGAUCAAUCAGAUAAAAAGUUAAAUUUACUAGAAGGAUUUUUGAUGAUGCAUAAAGCAAUAGUAGAACGGUUGGCAUAUUAUAUAAGCAGUAUAUGUUCAGAUGUAUCUUUUGAUGAAGUGUUUACGAAUUGCCCAGAAUUCAAUGAAAAGAAAGAUUAUAGAAUUAAAUUUCUCCCGGGAGUUGUAGAAAAACUAAAAAAUAGAUUAUCUAUUAAUGACGACUUGAGACUUAAAGACGAAAGAUUCAAAUUGGAACACAGUGAAGUAUUUAGAAUAUUGGAAUUAGCAUUGGAUAAUGAUUCUCGCUGGGAUUUUCAUCCAAAAAAAUUGUUGUACUACGACAUGAUGAUGGGACAGCAAGAAAUUGACGAACGAAAUCUCAUGUCAGGUGUACAACAUAGAAAAUAUUCAGAAAUAAGAGAUCAACGGCCAGUAAACGUUAUAGAUUAUAUUAGGUUUGCACCACUUCAAUAUAAGUGUCCCAAUGAAACUUAUUUAACACUUUCUGACAUAUUUCGUUACAUAAAAUACAAUUUUGAUUCGAAACAAUUAGAAGGAUUUCAAGAGCUAGUUCUAGCAACAACUUUUCGGUUAACCUUAUUACUUGUCCGUAUAUAUGUUACAUUUUUUAGAAAGUUUCGUGGAUAUUAUAAAUGUAAAAAGGAUAACAUAGGUAAUAAUAUACUAGAUCAAAUCAAUGUCAACAUUAUAGAAACUUGUGCUAUAAUAAUUAAACAGAUUCAAUAUUUCAAUAAUCUAAAUCUAUUCGAAUUAAAACCAAAAAACUUUUUAGAUGAUCUUUGUAUUGACUUACAAAAUUUUAUUGCACACGAUAUAUCACAUAAUUUAUUUCAUAAUAUGGUGAAAAAAAUAACGACAUUUUCGAAGAGCUUUUUGGAUCAUAAUAUAUUACAUAAUUAUUGUGGUAUAAUAGUAAGUGUUAUACUGAAUGAUGAUAAUGUUGAACAAAUCUAUAAUGCGUUCGCUCAACUUGUUAAUGAUAAUUCAAAAUAUUUAAUUGAAUUGGAGAAAUACAAGGAAUCGUUUAAUAUAGUGAAUAAAACUCGAAAAAUACAUUUCUUAUACUUUGUACUUACUAGUAAAGAGAUUUUGAAUCCCAAAUCAGCUAUGAUAAAUCGUUUAUGCAGUUCUAAUAUAUACACAGAAAUAUAUAAUAUGGAAAGUCCUGAACCUGACGAUUAUAAAAAUACUAGAAUUUACAUCCAAAAUCAACAAAAUAGACAAGAUGCUCAAGUUUCGUUAAAACAUAUUCCACUUCCAAAAUAUAUGAUCGAUUACAUACUUUUUUUUUAAUUUUCAUUAUUAAGUUUGGUUGUAUUUUGUUUAAUAAUUUCUUUGUUAAUCAAUCGUAUAUAUUUAUAAAAAUCUAUGUUAUUUCAGGGUAAAUGUUAAUUAGUAACUUAAAUAAAUUAAAUUAUAUUAAUUUUCAGUUAAUAUAAUAAAAUAAAAAAAAAUAUACACUGUGAUUUAUU